AUGUUUGUGCUUCCUUUGAUUUUGGCUGCUGGCAGCCUUUCCACUCUCACUUCCGGAGCCCCAGUCUCUCCCUUUUCCGGUCUUUUGAGGCGGGCAGCGUCCUCUCAUUCCUUGCAGGGCCGCGCCCCAAGUGACCCAACUUCAUACACAGUCUAUGGGGGUAGCGGAGAGGUCUCAGAUGGCUGGCCGGACCAGAGCGACUGGUUCCCAUCCUUGGACGCGAUGUUCACUGCCAAUCUCCCGGUCCUGAAGGACUCAUGCACUCAAUUCGGUGUCCCGAAUAACUCUGAUGACGAGAUCGAUGCUAUAAAAAGCGGUAUCCAAUCCGUCGCCAGCUCUUCUGGCGUCGAUGCUCGGUUUAUACUUGCUAUCCUCAUGCAAGAGAGUAACGGCUGCGUGCGCGCGCCCACUACAAAUUAUGGGGUCGUCAAUCCUGGUCUGAUGCAGUCCCAUGAUGGGUCAGGAAGCUGCAAUGACGGGAGUGUCUUGAAUCCAUGCCCACCCAGUCAGAUCACCCAGAUGAUUGAAGACGGCACCACUGGCACGGCGAGCGGAGAUGGUUUGAAGCAGUGUCUCUCAAAAGCGGGUGCCACGGACGUCAGCACGUACUACAAGGCCGCGCGUAUUUACAACUCUGGCUCGAUCGCAGCAUCUGGGAAUUUGGGUCAGGGCAUCGCUACUCACUGCUAUUCUUCGGACAUCGCGAAUCGCCUCACAAACUGGGCGUCUGGGCCAAGCCAGUGCGACCCCAGCACUAUCGGAAACCUUGAUGGGUCUUCCGGCGGCAGUGCUUCCAGUAGCUCCUCUUCGAGCUCGCCAACCGCAAGCAGCACAUCCACGAGCAGUACAUCAACGAGCAGUACAUCCACAAGCAGUACAUCCACAGGCAGCACACCCACAUUCUCUCCCCCAUUUCCACCGCCAUUCUCGCCCACAUUCUCGCCCACAUUCUUGCCCACAUUCUUACCCACACCCACAAUCGGCCCUGCUGCAGCAUCUCCCACCACAGAAGGAGGGGGGAUCUUCGCUGGGACGUCUGUAUCAGUAGCUACAGAAUCAGCAAGUCUCCCCACAACCCCAGUUGUCACCAUCGCCACACCAACUGCCAGCCCCACUGCUUCUGCUGCGGCCACAUCGACAGGCCCAUCUGUUCCCCUCGGCACAGGUACAACCACCUCUGGGGCAGCAUUUGCUCCAGGGUCACCCUGCCCAACUGACGGAGAAUGGAACUGCAUCUCAGCGACGACCUUCCAGCAAUGCGGUAGUGGAACUUGGUCUGUCGUCCAACAGGUCGCUGCUGGUACUCAGUGCACAGUUGGACAAUCCUCAGCCAUCAAAAUUUCCGCUGCCGUAUCAAGGCGGAGGCGUUCACUCGGCCAACUCUCGCAUGCACAUGCCAUAAAGCAUGUCAGGAACGAGGUGUCUUAG